UUAAAAGUUUCAGAUAGCAUGGCACCGUUUAAGACGCACAGUGUGCGAUUCUAUGAGUUAGAACCUUUAGCUAUUCAGUGCAUGUCGCUUAAUGAGAAGCAUGAUACGUUAGCGCUCUCUAGAAGUGACUCCAGUGUUGAAGUAUGGAGUGUUUCAUAUACUCCAUAUCUACAGAAAACUAUACAUGGUACUCCAGAGGGAAGUGUUGAGAGUUUAUGUUGGGUUGAUAACCGGUUAUUCUCCUGUGGACUUCAUGGAUUCCUACUAGAAUAUGAUCUAAACAAACUUAAAGUCAAGGCCGAGCACACUGUAACGUCAGGUCCAGCCUGGUGUCUUAAAUCUAACAUGAAAUGUCGAAAGAUUGCUGUGGGUACAGAAGAAGGUUUUGUUUGUUUAUUUAGUGUACUGUCCGAUACGCUUCAAUAUGAUAGGAUACUGGAUAAACAGGAAGGACGUAUCCUGUGUCUCUCCUGGAACCCGGAAGGAACCCACCUUGUAACCGGAAGUAUUGAUACUAUCAGAGUAUGGGACGCAAACACAGGGCAUCCAACUGCUAGAAUGACGACGGGACGAGUGGAACGCAAUAAAGAGACGAUUGUCUGGGCCGUUGUCGUCACAAGCGAUAUGACCGUUAUUUCAGGGGAUAGCAGAGGCAGAACUUCAUUCUGGAACGGAAGAAAUGGAACUUUAAUCGACAGUAUUCAAAGUCAUAAGGCUGAUGUGUUGACAAUAGAAUUGAACCCUGCUGGUAAUGUUGCAUAUUCAUCUGGAGUAGAUCCUACCAUUAUGCAUUUUCAAACAAUAAGUAAACCUGAUGGACGACGUGUGUGGGUGAAGUCCCUUCACCGUGUUGUCAACAGUCAUGAUGUCCGGGCUCUUGUAUCACAGAAG